AUGACGGGAGUUCUUUCAAUGACAGCGGAGCCCAAGGACGCGACCAUGUUUGGCAAAAGGGUAAGUCUCUUCUCUUUUUCUUCUAGUGGAGUUAUUAGUAGUUGCUACUGAAGGGAUUUUGCGGUUCGUAAUUGGUGGUAUAAACACAGCGGAAAUGCAAUGUGCAUUACGUGCUGGCGGUCCUAGGAAAAUAACGAGGUGGUGAUAGUGAUCCAUAAUGAUUGGAGUUCUAUUUAUGACAAAAGAGGCUAAACAUGUCGUCUUUUUAUGGCACAAGGAUAACCUUUCGUUUGUAAAAUGUAGCUUCACUACAUCGACAGAAUCGCAUACCAAAAGUGAAAAAUCUCAGACAAACACUUUUUUUUAUUGCAGGUUGCAGUUCUAACAGAUUCUGAAGAAGUACAAAUUGCAAUGAGAGAGAGUGCUUAUGUUGUUGGUAGGUAUAAAUACAUACUAAAUCAACGGUGUCAUUAA